AGUAACAGCAGAAUUUACUAACUUAGGUUUAGGCCAAGGGUACUUGGAGAGCGUGUAGUUAUUAGGAUGCCAGAGCAGGGAUGUAAAAAUAGAGAUCUUGCAAGACUAGCCCAUGUUACCUGUUCGGAUGCUUAUACUAGGCUUAGGCUAGGCUAUUGAAUAUUAGACUAGAUAUAGCCUCUAGAGUCUAGAUCUAUCGUUUGGAAAUCUGCAGUUGUGCAAGGCCCAGGGCUCCUAGGGCUAGUGUCACUAUAGUGUGCUAAGUGUAGUGUGUUAGUCACUUUUUGUGUAAUAGACAAUAAGAUAAGUUAUUCAAGUUUUAACAGUCGAUCUGGAUCUGGUGAUAAGAUCUAGACUCAAUCUAGAUCUAUUUGUAAUUAGACAUUAGUAAUUUUGAAAGUAGAUCUAAAAGACCUAGAAUCUUCAUCUACAAUUUAAUCAUGGAUGCAGCAUUUCGAACAACUAUAUUCGAUAUUGCUCAAGACGCCUCACAGGCUGCAACUGCUCACAAUGAAAGUCAUGGAUACUAUAGCAGAGCGAGUGUCACAAUUGAUAAAUUGCCAGACAAGCUGCUUCUUCACAUUUUUAGCUUUUUGAGACGAUCAGAACUUGGAAAAGUGGCCAGAGUGUGUCGAAAAUGGAGACUUCUUGCUUAUGAUAGUCGCUUGUGGACAAGAGUGUCACUUCGCCCAGACUAUUCAGGACUACAUGUUUAUUCUCCAGAAGUUCUACAAGCACUUAUUGGCAUACGAUUUGGCUCCACUUUGCGUUACAUAGAAAUACCUAGUGAUUUGAUUACAGCCCCAGUUCUUCAUGAACUAGCAAAUAAAUGUCCAGCCCUUCGAUACAUGACACUGGAUUUUUCAAAUGCAAUGCAACUUCAUGAUUUUAAUGACCUCAAUGCCUUCCCAUGUAAUUUAAGAAGUUUAUGUAUCUGUUUAUCUGAAGUCAUAUUUUUAGAAGGAUUUAUGCGAAGGAUCUAUAGCUGCUUGUCAUCUUUAGAAGUUCUGCAUUUGAUAGGAACAUUUGAGUUAUCUUCAGAAUCAGAGGAGGACAUUUAUGAGGUUAUAAACAUCAGCAAAAUUAAAGCACAUACACCAAACUUGAAAGUUGUCAAUCUGUAUGGGAUAACAUUUUUAGAUGACACCCAUAUUGAGCUUUUGGCUUCUAACUGCAUACAUAUAGAAUGCCUUGCCUUAAACUUUUGUUUACGUGUUAAGGGCAGUUCAUUUAAAAAUUUAAUACAGCGCUGCAAGAAACUAAGAACUUUAUUGUUGCACCAUGCUGGUGUAGAAGAUGAUCAUAUGACUAGUGUUCCUUGGGAGACUUCAGCUAUACAUGAAUUAGACUUGACUUCAACGGAGCUCUCAGCCCAGUGUCUUGAAAAUAUCUUGCUUCGAAUGCCAGGGUUUACAUAUCUGGGACUGGGAUAUUGUGAAUUUUUCAAUGACAAGAUUUUGGAAAAGCUGAUGGAAAAAAAUAAAUUUAGUCGUCUUCAUGCUCUGGAUAUUAGUCAUACUCAUGCCCUAAGUGAGAAUGCUAUCUACCAGUUAAUACAAACACAUGGCCAAAAUCUUCGAGGUCUUAUGUUAGCUGGAAAGCCAAAACUGACAGAGAAUUUUUGGCUCAAUGCUAUACCUUAUCUAAAGAAUAUCAGGAUCUGUGUUUUAGGUACAGCAAAUGGAUGGUUUUUAAAAAUGCAGUCUCGAAUUCAUGUGGAUCAGAUAAUUGAAGCUUUUGCACAGAACUGUCCAAGGUUGGAGAGAUGUGAGAUCCAAUGGGAUCCUGACACUAUUCGUUUUAGUGACAAGAGUAAUAAAUUUAUUGAUCAUAUAAGGUUACGUUGCCCUGGUCUCAAGUCUUUCACCCUUAGUGAUGGAGAAUACUAUGAAAUGGUCAAAUCAAAUUUUGAACGGGCUGAUAGAGUCAAAGUUGUUAGAACCUGUACUAAUUAUACCACCAGCAUUGUUAGUUUGUUGACCAACUAUAAUGAUUUAUUAUUUAAUUGAUUUUUUUUCCUUUUUGACAACACUAUCAAGUUUUCAAACAAUCUACAUGUUUCAUCAACAUUUUCUUCAUGGUUAGCUUAAAAUAAUGCAAUCUCCCUUCUAUGGCAUUGACUUACUUUGUGUAUGUCUCCUAUGUUGGAGAUAACUUUUCCUAGGCAUUUCCAGAUGUUGAACAUAUUUUAAACCAGAUCUGUUUAAUGUUAACUUUAACAGACUUGAUCAAAUCCUUUUAUAUAGUAUUUUAAAAUAUAUUAGGCUAUUUGAUAGCAUUGCUUAGUAAAACUUUUAGAACUACUUUUUGAUAGGGCAUAUGUGUUGUAAACAAUAUUUCACUCAAUGAGUUAAGCCUCAUUCAGUUAGUUGCUAUAUCUCAGCUUUGUUUUAUUCUACUAUAUGCCAUAAGUUAUUCGUAUUUGCAGUCUUUCUAAAAAAAAAAAAAAAAUUUUAAACAUCGAAACAGUUUAUCAAUGUUAAUUAUCUUUCAAUUUAAUAUAAAUAUAGAUGUUAGUUUAGUGAAUGUUCAAAGUGACCAUAACUGCACAAGAAGUCCACAAUUGUCAGAGCUUUAAAAGAAUAAGGUUAAUCAAUGACAUAAUUUUUCUUUCCAAGUAAUACAUUUAUAAUUAGCUGAAUAUUGUUAAAGUUUCUUAUGCAAGACAACAACAACUUUUUUUUCCCUACAAAUGGUUUUUAUAUUUAUGACCUUCAGACAUUUUUGUUUGUUUACAAAUACAUAACUAAUAACUAUUUAAGCACCAACAAAACCAAGAGCAAAGUUUGAGAUAUGUUUUAGAAAUAAUAGUUAUAGAAUCACUUCAAAAACAACAUUCAACACCAGUAUUUUUGCAAUUUGUAUUGUAAAGACUUUAGCCUUGACAUUCAUAUCUCACAUAAUUAGUAUUUAGUAGCAUAGUGAGCUUUCAUGUUGCAUGAAGUGAAAUUGGGUCAACAGGUUUGACAGACUAAGGGAUAGGUGAAGGUGAAGAAAGUGAAAUGCUGUGAAGUAAAAUUAUUAUAGCUUAAUUAGUUGUUUUGUUUCAACUAUCCAUGCAAUAUUUUAAUUUUGGACAGUGCAAAGUUGUUAGUUUCUUAUAUAAAAAUAUAGGUAAUCAGAUCCUCUUGAUCAGUAUAUGAAACAAAUUUCCUAUUUGUUCAGUAGGUUGGUGAUCUCUUCAAUCAUGUCAGAACAUAACAUGGAAUAUUGGGUUUCAAACACUGAAAUCAAAUGAAGGCCAAUUGCUGCCUAAGAUUAUAUCUUUUUUUUUUUGCUAAAAAGAUAUUUGAAACAAUUACUGGUAUUCUUUGGUGUUUAUCAGAUUAUCCUGAUUCAAAAGGAUUGGGAACACUAAUAUAGUGAAGUGUGUCUAGACAGUAAUGAAUGGUUGUUGGUAUCUUUUUAAGACUCAUUGUUAAUCAGGCAUUUUAAUUCUGAACUGCUAUUGCCCUAUUUAACUUGAUGUAGUUAAUGUUGUAUAAACCUAAUUUAAGCUUCCCUGAAUUAACAUUCAUAACUCUAGAUGUUAGCUGAAUAAUAAAUGUAGAUAGAUCUAAAUGUUUAGUUCCAGAGUGACUACCCAGCCACUUGAGGGGUUAAAAUCCCUUUGAAGGCAUGUAUUUUGUAUAUUUCUGGAUUUGUAUUACACCCUUGUGUCCACUCAACUUGAAUCAUUUACUUAUCCUUAGGGUUUCUUUAUCUUUUUUUAUGUAUAUAUAUUGGUACAUGAUGUCUUUUCCCAUAUAUUGGCAUGUUGACUUUAAAAAGUUAUGUUAUGCUACUGGAUAUUUUUUUUUUUGGUUGUUCUUAAAUUUAAAUAGAUCUUGUGAUAAUUUAAAGUAUGUGUGACAUUGAUUUUCCCGUAUAUAUAUAUAUUAGGGGUGCACCGAAUAGUUGGUCAAAUAUUUAAAAAAAAGUAAAAAGUACACCUUGUACCUAAUUAAUAAUCAAAAAGUGGACCUCGUUCCUGUUAUAGAAUGUAUCAACGUUUAUAUUUAAAACAUAAUAACGUGCUUAAAAAUAGAACCUAUAAGAAUAUGCACCAAACAUCGUUUAUUGUAAAGACAAGGCGUGUUAAUGUAAAUAGAAAUGAAACUUUACAUCAUAAAUGUGCUUUAUAAACAGAGCAGCAAUGGCUGGCACAUUUUUUUAUUUUAUCAUGGCCUUUGGGUGGGUUAGUAAACAUGUUAAGAUGUUAUAUUCCUUGACUAUGUCACGCUGACCAGACGUCUGUCUAUCUGUGCGGGUAUAUCUCCAGAGGUAGAGAUGAACAACUCCCACCCCCUUUUAUUUGUUUAGUCCAUCACAUUGAGUUUAUUGAUAGACAGGUGACCACAAGUCAAAUAAGAUUUACGUAGAUUUCAUGUCAGCAUAUUGACACUCUCUACAGGUCACACCGUACGAGGGAACUGAGUUUGUUUACUUGGUAAUAAAUCUUUAUUAGGGGGCUGGACUUCAAGCUACUCCUCUACACAGGUAACAAGGUAGGCCUAUAUCUCCAAAGGUAGAGAUGAACAUCUCCAACCCCCUUUUAUUUGUUUAGUCCAUCACAUUGAGUUUAUUGAUAGACAGGUGACCACAAGUCAGAUACGAUGGACGUAUGCACUCUGUAGAGGUCACAUGAGGCAACUGAGUUUGUUUAGUUAGUAGUAAAUCUUAAGAGGGCUGGACAAUGAGUUUACCUAUUUGGAGAAAAACCUCAAUCACGUGACUGGACAACAUUUAAUCAAUAUAAAUAAGCUGGACUAAAGAUCACACACCUAAACGAGUGACCUUUUGCUACACAGAACACAACCCGCGAGAUAUCAUAGCCAAGUAAGAUAGUAACUAAUUAUUUUGUAGACAAAAGUACAAGACUAAAGAUUUGUGUCUACUAGCCUAAAAGACAGGACACACACACACACUCUACUCCUUAUUUUAUUUAUUACGUCCUUGGCACUCAAUCUAUUGAUAGACAUUAACCUUUUUUUGUUUGUUACCAGAACGGAUAAACAUAGCCUAUCAUACUAAGACACCAUACUAGACUGUAAAGAAAUAUUACAGUUGAAUUACUUUUCCUAAAGUGUUAACUUGAAUAUUGAUCCUGAUUUACGUGUCUUGAUUUGAUAACGAUAUUCUUCAUCGUUUGUGAGUUGCAAGUAACUCCUCGUUAUUACUGUUUGUUAUUUUUUUUACAUCCGAUGCGUACUGUGUAUCAGGCAAGGAAGACUUUUUACACACCUGACACCCAUAGGCUUACUUCCAUGCCCUAUUAUUACAGUUACAGAAACCACGAUAAAAUCAGUAGGCCUAAUACUUAAGGAAGAUGUUUCUUACAUACGUUCUUUGCACAAUUAAAUAAAACAAAGAUGUG